AUGCAACAACCCCUAAUCCGCCCAGGAGACAACCGGGCCGCCUACUCCUACACUCUGCAGCCUACGGAGGACCAUGACGAACAGGAACAUCGGGAUGGUAAUAAUACAAGGGGGCGAAAAUCGCCUGUAUGGCGAUCGGAUAGCACCCCGAACUACAAGCCAACGGCGCUGCGAUGGCCGUUCAUCGGUACCGUCAUAGCACUUCUGCUCGUGGCCAUCGUGCUGGUCAUCGUCGCCGAGAGGCAAAUGCCAAACUCGGACAGCAAUGUCCAGAUACUGGGCGUUCAUCCCAAUGCCACACAGCCUGUCCGGUUCGCACGAGCUGUGUUCGACGCGUCAACACCUGAGGGCACCAAGAAGCAGCUCUACGGCCAACGAGCAGAUGAGGGUCUUGGCCCAGAGCGUUACAGAAACAAGUUCCCGACUACCAACGCCCCCCUUUGUUACUGGAUUGCCGCUACUAAAUCCUCGUCGACCACCUCAAGUUCCACGAGCACAACGGCCAGCCUCCCAAGCGGCGCCCGGCUAAUUCCUAUCUCUACCUCGGUUUCCAAGUUCACAACCAGCAUUACCGUGCCGAUAACAACAGUCACCCACACGUCGGUCUUCACGUCAGUCCACACGAUCAUAUUCACCACCGACACAACACUCGAGACAGAAUGGUUGUCCAGCGUGACCAUUGUUGGCCCCACGACGUUUUACUCCCACUUUACGACCAAUGGAACCCAGGCCAGCAUGCCCGUGUCGACCGCGACGCACACCUACAUCAGCCUUAUCACGGUGACUGAUACCGAGACCGUCGGCGUUGUCGCGUCAACUGCGACUAGCACCGGAACGGUUACUGCAACCAGCACCAUCACCGGCGUCGUCAUACCCAGCGUUGGGGAGGUCACUAUCACUUACUACAGAACGGUCUUCCCACCAGAGGAAGUGCCGGUGACUCAACCCCCAGACCCUGUGAAGGUGACGGGCGUGGAAGUUAUCGAAGGGAGCGCCGUGGAUGUUGUGCAGUCACAAGGACCUGUUGUCGUGGUUGUCAGCCCCUCAAACAAGAUUGUGACCCAGGUUGUUGGUCCGCAGGUUAGCACGGGCGUGGCGCGAGUGGGAGGUUCCGUGGUUACGACUGUUUUGGUCAUCACUCCGACGGCGGGAGUGCCAGCCCAGGUGGUCACUAGAGUUGGCGGGACGCCAGUGACAAUCGUUGACAACCCGGACCCGGUGACUGUAGUGACGGUCAUUGAUGGCGCCCAGCGCACUAUCGUCGAGACCCCGCCUCCUCAGACCGUCGUGACGGUACAAGGGGGCGUCGUCACCACGAUUAUGGGGGACCAAUCUAUUACCAGCACUAUCAUCGGAAAUGUUGGGGGUACGCCGAACACCCAGGUGUUUGUUACCACGCCUUCUGGACCGCCGUUCCAACCCGUCUCGUACACGGUUGUCAGAGAAGCCGGAGGAACGUUGUUCACAGAAGUGGUUGUCACUACUCCGACCGCUGCCGGUCAACCACUUACGCUUACUGCUGUCGAUAUCGUCGGGGGAACACCGGUCACGCAAGUUGUGGUUACGACUGUUAACGGGGCUGUGGUCCGGCCAGUUUCCUUCACCAUCACGACCAACGUGGGCGGUACCCCGACGGUUAUCACCGUAACGCCGUCACCAACGACGAUCGUGGAAACCAUCAAUGGGACCCCCAUCACCCGGGUUACCACUCCACCAGUAACCAGCUUCACCACGACCAUUGGUGGCACCUUGACGACUCAAGUCGUCGUCACGACCCCAACCGGCACCGAGCCCAUCACCCUAACCGUCGUGUCCACAUCCGGCGACUCCCUCAGCACCUUCACCACCACCAUCCCGCCAACCACCCGGCUCACCACCAUCUCCGGCACCGUACGAACCAUCACCUCCACCCCCUCACCCAGCACAAUCCUCUCCACCCUCCCCCCCACCACCCGCACCUUCACCUCCACCGCCACCGCAACACACACCACCUCCACCCCCCUCCCCACCAUCAUCUCCUCAACCCGCACCUACCGCUGGACCGAAGCCGACAUCUUCCUCGGCACUUUCCUCCCGCCCCUCCUCGGCGUCGCGCUCGUAAUCCCCCUCCGCAUCCUAGACCUCAACGCCAAACUCUACCAACCCUUCCAAUCCCUCACCCACCCCCCCACCACCUCCCAUCAUUUCACCACCACCACCCCACCAUCCCCCGCAACCCACCCCCUCCUCCAACAACACACCGGCCUCCUGGCCCUCACCACCCCACUCACCCUCCUCCUGCACCCGCCACACCACCCCAUCCCCUUGCUCACCACCCUCGCCGUAGCACUCGCCUCCCUCGCCGCGCCCCUCGCUGCCGAAGCCGUCGGGCUCAAGCUGCACGGCGCGUGCUGGGCCAACACGGCGAGCGCGGGGUGCGCGCCGGCGCUGGGGGUGAGUGUCGCGCCGGCGUAUGUGUUGGUGGGCGUGUUGGUGGUGGUGGUGGGGUUGGUGGGGGUUGUGGGCUGGGUGGUGGUGGUGGGGGGGUGGGUUACCGGCGUGAGGGCGAGUCCGUGGUCUCUUGCGGGGGUUGCGUCGUUGGCGGGGGGUGGGGGGGAGUAUGGGAUUGUGCUGGUGGAUGAGGCGGGGGAGGGGUUUCGUCGGGGGGAGGGUGGUGGUGUGGGUGAGGGUGAGGAGGGGUUUUAUGAGGAUGAGGUGGUGGGGGGUAAACGGGGCAGUCGACGCCAGCAGCAGUUGCCGUUUAUGACGCUGCGGUAUCCGUGGCGGAUCGCGUUCAUCCUCUUCCAGCUGGCCCUGCUCGUUUUUAUCAUCUACUACCACGCCUACUACCGCGGUGGGGUCCGCGACAACGGCCGGUUAUGGCUCUUCCUCAACUCCAAUCACUUCGGUGUGCGGUUCGUGUCUGCCAUCAUCGGCGUCAUCAUCGCCUUUUGCUGGCAAUCUUUCUUCCUCAGCGUCAGCACAAUGACGCCCUUCCACCUCCUCUCGCAACGCACCCAACCCCCCGGCCCCUCCAUCCUCUUCACCCCCCCAACCAACCCCUUCUCCGGCCUGUACUCUGCCAUCCGCCACCGCCAGCCCUUCCUCUUCGCCGUAUCCCUCGCCGCGGCCCUCUCCGAGUUCCUCCCCGUCGUGCUCUCCAACGUGCCCUUCAACCUCGCGCAGACGGGCACGGCGGCGACGGUCUGCGCCGUGCUGAGCUGCGUCGCGCUGGGCCUGCUGCUCGCCGUGCUGGCCGCGUCCUUCGCCGUCCGCUACCCGCCCAUGCCUGUUGAUCCACGCAGUGUGGCGGGCCUGUUGUGGUAUGUCGCGCGGAGCGGGAUGUUGGCGGACUUUGCGGGGGUGUCGAGGUUGGAUGGGGAGGAGAGGGCGCGGAGGGUGGGGGAGAUGGGGAGGCGGUACUUUUAUGGGGUGUUGGUGGGUGACGAGGAGGGGAGGAGGCUCGGGGUGGAUUGUGACAUUGGGGGCGGAGGGGAGGAGGAGAUGGGGUAUAGGGGUGCUGGGGGGCCUACAUACAUACACUCGAGGGGGUAG